CCGGGCGGGAGCCAGUGCCACGUCCCCGCGGCGCGGCGGUGCGGGAGCCGCGGGAGCAGCGCCGCCAGCCCGGCCCGGCCCGCCCGGCCCGCCAUGGGCUCCUCGCAGAGCGUCGAGAUCCCCGGCGGGGGCACCGAGGGCUACCACGUCCUGCGGGUACAAGAAAACUCACCAGGGCAUAGAGCUGGAUUGGAGCCAUUCUUUGAUUUUAUCGUGUCCAUUAAUGGCUCAAGAUUGAAUAAAGACAAUGACACUCUGAAGGACCUGUUGAAAGCAAAUGUUGAAAAACCUGUAAAAAUGCUGGUGUACAGUAGCAAAACACUGGAACUGAGAGAGACAUCGGUGACCCCCAGUAACAUGUGGGGUGGACAGGGCCUGCUGGGUGUGAGCAUUCGUUUCUGCAGCUUUGAUGGGGCCAAUGAAAACGUGUGGCAUGUUUUGGAAGUGGAACCAAAUUCUCCUGCUGCAUUAGCUGGACUUAGACCUCAUAGUGACUAUAUCAUUGGAGCAGAUACUGUCAUGAAUGAGUCUGAAGAUCUCUUUUCCCUUAUUGAAACACAUGAAGCAAAGCCAUUAAAACUUUUUGUGUACAACACAGACACAGAUAAUUGCCGGGAAGUGGUGAUUACUCCAAAUUCUGCUUGGGGUGGAGAAGGAAGCCUAGGAUGUGGCAUUGGUUAUGGAUAUUUGCAUAGGAUACCUACCCGCCCAUUUGAAGAAGGCAAGAAAAUUUCUCUCCCAGGACAGUUGCCUAGUGCAUCCCUCAGUCCCCUCAAAGAUGGCUUCACAGAGGUUCAGCUGUCAUCAGUUAAUCCCUCAGCCACCCUGCCCCCGGGGCCAGCAGGCCUGGAACAGAGUCUUUCAGGACUUUCUAUUAGUUCACCCUCAACUACUGUCAGUAGUGUUCUCAGUACAGGUGUUCCAACAGUUCCAUUAUUAUCACCACAAGUCAGUCAGUCCCCUACCUCUGUGCCACCAGUUAACCCAGCAACUACAUUACCAGGUCUUAUGCCACUACCAGCAGGGCUUCCCAACCUGACUGAUCUGUCCAAACUUAAUUUACCUGCACCACACAUCCUUCCUGAAAUCAUACAGCCUGGUUUGCCAUCCCUUCCCUCCUUGCCACCUCUGAAUCUAAUGGGAAUGACACCUCUGUCAAUGCCACCCAAAUGUGUUCCUCUGCUUCCUUUGGUCACAGAGGCAUCUACAGUGCCUACAGAUUUGCUUCCCCCCAUUACUCAAGUUGGAAGCUUCUCCAGCGACCCUGGUGCUGCUGUCAAUGUAGAACAGACCUCUGCGCUCACCAUGGAUAGCAUGACCCCAGCUUCUAAGGCAACUAUUGUUGACAGAUCAAGUGAAUCCUCUACAGUUAAUGAGAAAACAUCUGGAGUCACAGAUUCACAAGCUUCUGAAUCAUAACUCCAGAUCACCCAGCUGAAUUGGCUUGGUAUUUAUUUAGCUAUGGGAGAUACAUAUUUGAAGAUCAAGCUGUCAUUAAUUUCAUACUAGUUUGUACUUAAUCUUUAGGAGUCCUGUAAAUAAUACAGAGGUAUAAAAAUAAAAGGGGGUUUAUACAGUGUGUGUGGUGGGAAGGGAGGAAGAGUACUUGUAUGUAACAAACAAAGUCAAGGUGGUAAACAGAAUUCCACUGCCAAAUUCGGAAAUACAUGUUUUUAAUAUAGGCUGACAGCCUUAGCCUGCUAGGCCUGUUCUUGCUUAUAAUUAGCAAUUUUUGCUUCUGAUAGAAAUGAAGCGGUUCUUGCGUGUCACAUUUACGUACUGUAGUUCUUGUUCUUUGCAAGUGUCUUGUUACUACAGUGGGGAAAAGAAUGUUUAGUCUGAGUUAAAAAUUUUAACACUGCAAAACUUCCACCUAAAAGGUAUUUCUAUUAAAGUUGCUGAGUGACCUAUUAACUGACAUCUUGUUAUUCAGCUUGUACACAAAUCUUUAUUUUUAAGCUCUGGAGAGGCUUAAGCCAUGUUUUGUGACUGCUGCUCCCUUGUUUCAUAGGCCCACUGUAAAAAUGGCAUUUGGAAGGGAAUACAGGAAAUGUUAAAUGUAGCACACAAUUUGGCACUUCAUGACUACUGUAAAACUAAGUAAUGGAUUAAGCAUACAUACAGCAAUAAAUUCCUGGAAUUUUA